GCUAAUACAACUGCAAUAAAACAUGGCUUUAAAAAUCUCAAAAGUUUUGAUAAGUGAUAAAAUUAAUUUGAGCUGUAAGGAGCUGUUGGAAAAAAAUUCUAUAGAAGUGGAUUACAAGCCCGGCCUGAGUAAAGAAGACAUAACAAGUAUUAUUGAGAAUUAUGAUGCGUUGAUUAUUCGCUCAGCAACUAAAGUAACUGCUGAAAUAUUUAAGCAUGCAAAGAAUUUAAAACUUGUUGGACGAGCAGGGACUGGUGUUGACAACAUCGAUUUAGAAGCUGCUUCAUCACAUGGUGUGCUAGUUAUGAAUACUCCAUCUGGAAAUACACUGAGUGCUGCAGAACAUACAUGUGCUUUGAUUGCUGCAUGUGCAAGGAACAUUGGACAGGGAUACGCUUCCAUGCUUGAUGGAAAGUGGGAUAGGUCAAAGUUAAUGGGUUGCGAAUUAAUGGGAAAAACAUUGGCUAUAGUUGGUCUUGGCAGGAUAGGCAGAGAAGUAGCACACCGAAUGCAAUCAUACGGAAUGAAGACCAUUGGAUUUGAUCCAUUAGUAAGCAAAGAAGAAGCAGAUAAAUUUGGUGUAGAAUACAUGCCCUUAGAGGAGAUUUGGCCAUUGGCUGAUUUUGUCACUGUGCAUGUGCCACUUAUUCCACCAACAAAGGGGAUGAUAAAUACUAAAGUAUUUGACAGGUGUAAACCUAGUAUGAAAGUUAUAAAUGUUGCCAGAGGAGGAAUCAUAGAUGAAGCAGACCUUUUAGCGGCGUUAAAUUCUGGCAAAUGUGGUGGUGCUGCUUUGGAUGUAUUUGUUACAGAACCACCACAAGGUGUCAGCUUAGAUCUUGUGAAACACCCUAAAGUGUUGAGUACUCCACAUCUUGGUGCCAGCACAGUAGAAGCACAAUUAAGAGUGGCAAGAGAAAUAGCGCAACAAAUUGUAGAUGCAGUCAACGGGAAAGCAAUGGUUGGAUUGGUAAAUGCUCCAGCACUGUCCGAUUCUUCUAAUCCUGUGUAUAUACCUUGGAUUGCAGUUGCAGAAAAUCUGGGAAAACUUUUUAAUUCUAGUGACACUCAAGUCAACUUAUUCACAAAUUACGAAUCCACAUGCGGAGUUGCAAAACUAAUGGCUGCUGCGUUCUCUCUUGGUAUUGUUAAGCGUGAAAAUCCCUUGGCUAAUUUAAUCAAUGCAACCUCUCUUCUAAAAAAAGCUGGAGUACAGGUACAACUUCUUCACCACAAUCAUGAAGCCAUAUCUAUUGCAGUUGAUGGAAAGGAGGUUCUUUCUGGAGUUGUAGUUAAUGGUAAACCAGCCUUAUCUUCGUUCGGUUGCGUCCAACUUUGCAGUCCUGUUGUGAUGACAGCAAAUUUAGUGACAGCAUCCUCGACAAGUCUAUCUCCAUCAGCGUUGAUGAAAAUGUUUAAUAGUAUUGAGAUUAGUUGCAUCAGUACGGGCUCGUGUGGUUCAACGUCGGUUGCCGUCGCUUCAGUUGAAGGGAGUGUGAACAAUCUUCAAGAUCCACUUACGUUCAUAGAGUUAUAAAGUCAGUAAUAGGAGCGAAAUUAAUAGACUUUGUAUUUCUGUCUGUUUAAAGUUCUUUUUUUCUAUACUUUCUAAUACUUUGUAAGGUUUUUUACCAUAUGUUUUACUUCCAUGUAUGAACGGUAAUUCAAUGCUUUUUAAACUUUGACGUAAUCCUUAAAACAAUUUAUGCGGACGUUUAGUAACUAAAUAACCGCCCUCUGCUGAAUAAGCGCCCCCGAUUGGCUUUUCUUCUAAGUAAGAAAUUUGUUUCUUUGGGGACGUAUUUGAACACUACCUUAAAAGUUGAUUAAUUAUUUUCGCGAGGUAAAAUUUUCGCCGAUCAGUCAUAUUUUUCAAAGAUUUUUGUUAUGCCAGUGAACCAUUUUAAGGUUUUUCGCGGAUAAUAAUUUUUUUCGAAUCUACUAGUUCUUUUUCGCAAUUAGAAGGGCCGAUUUGAGGUAAGAAAACCUUCAACUGAAUUUGUCGUAUCACACAGAAUGACCAUUAUUUUAUAUCAGCUACAAAAAGAAAAAAUUUUCCUAAAAAAACAUUUCCCGACGAAUAAUUUUAGCGAAAAAAAUUUUCUAGUAAUUUCAGAUUUAUUUUCGCGACUUGAUUAAUAUUCGUAACCUCACGAAAAUUAAUCAACUUAGUGUAUUUUAAUGUUAGCUAGAUUAUUAUAAUUUGUGUUAACAUAAAAAUGUUUUACAUGCUGAGUUGCGUACAGUUUUACAGAAAUGUCAACACAGUGUUACUACUUUUUGAGUCAAUUCGGAAUAAGUGCCCGUUUGGAAUGUUUUUAGUUUUUCGACAGCGCCCAGGGCAUUUGUGCAUAUAACUUCAUUUUUGACAACACUUUCCAAUGCGUUUAUUCUAGGUUUAAUAAAUACUUCAAAUAACUCUUAAUACUUAUUAUAUUCAAUUUAAUGUUAUAUAUUUAUAGACGAUUAUUUAUAGUUUAAUAUUUGUUAGGAAUGACAUUAUAAAAUGUCAGGGAAUAUUUAUUUAGUUGUUAUUGUUUUAAAGGGGUGUUAAAUAUGUCGUCUUUACCUUCAGUUUUCUGCUUUUAAACUGUGUAAAAUGAUAACCAUGUCCAAGGAAGGGGGGAUUCGAACUAUGACCAAUGUGUUAUUAGUUAAAACAUGUUAGGCGUUCGGAAA